GAACGAAACAUAUUUUAAUUUUUAAUCAGGAGAAUCGAUUCUCAAAUUCAUAUAUUAUUAAAUAUAAUAAUAUGCAAACUACUUAAAAAAAAAAAAAUAUAUUAUGUAAUCAACAGUUCUUCGGUGGUAUUAAAUGUUCAAUCAUUGACGGCAACCAACCAGAUUAGUGAUGUAUUCAGAUAAUAAUGUAACUAUUUUGGAUUCUUUUGACACCACUUAUCCAGCCGAUACAGUGGAAUGGUGUCCAAUUGAAAAAUACCAUCAUAUAUUCGUAUGUGGUACAUACAAACUUAACGAGGAAAGUAAAACUAAAACGGGAGCUAUAAACUUGUUCACUUUAGAAAAUCAAUCUACAAUUAAGUUAAUCCAGUGUUUGUCUGAAGAUGCAGUAUUAGAUUUGAAAUGGAACAAUUGUUUAUAUUCUGGAAAAAUAUUGCUAGCUGCUGCAUUGUCGGGAAACCAUAUAAGCGUUUACAGUUUAGAUGAACAAGAAAUGAACCCAUGCUUGAAUAUUUUCACCAGUUUUGAUCUUCCAAAAACUUGUGGCGAGUCCCAUAUGAGUUUAUCGAUCGCAUGGUCCAAUUCAAAUACAAAUGGGUUAUUUCAAUUAGCGUUUAGUGACUCUAAUGGGUUUAUCACAUUAGUUAAUUUAAGUGAUGGAAUACUGCGUAGUUUCAAGGCACACGAUUAUGAAUCGUGGAUAGUUGCAUACGAUUUUUGGAAUCACAAUAUCCUGUACACAGGUGGUGAUGAUUGUAAGUUUAAAUGUUACGACCAACGUACAGAUUUCGAUAAACCUGUAUUUGUUAACAGUGAACACGAGCAAGGAGUUACGACGUGCACAGCCAAUAUGGUCAGGGAAAAUAUUUUAACUACGGGAAGCUAUGAUGAAACUGUCAGAUUAUGGGAUACACGUAAUAUGAAACAUAGUUAUUCCAAUACCAAAGUCGGCGGAGGUAUUUGGAGACUAAAGUGGGAACCUUUGAAGCAAGAAUUUUUGUUGAGCGCGUCAAUGUUUAACGCAGCUCACAUAAUUGACACAUCGGAGAAAUUAGCCAAUAUUAGUACAUCGUUUGGUGAAAAAGAAACCAGGCUAUUCUACGGAGCAGAUUGGUGUCAUAUGAACGUUGAAAAAGCAGCCGAAUUUCCAAAAAAAAAUUGUAGAAUAAUUGCUACUUGUUCAUUUUAUGAUCAUACAUUAGAUUUAUUUUUAGUUGACGAUUUAGACAUGAAAAAUAAAAAAACAUGAGCAUAACCAAGGUAUAUUUUGUUAUAUGAUUAGUUUAUAAAAUAAGUACUAUAUUUUAUUGUAAGCAAAGAAAAUAAAUGUAAUACAUCUUAUAUUAGAUUUAAUGCUCAAAACUUCAAAACAAAAUGAUUUAAAACUUCUACAAGUUAUGUAUAAUGUUAAUAAAAUUAAAAUUGUAGAAGUAAUAUUAAUACAAAAUAAAUUUUCCAAUUUUUUACACGUCUUAAUAGCUAAAGGAAUUCAUCACACCAGGCUUUAAGACAAGCGUGACAAUCUUUUGCUUGUUUUGAAUUUGCUUUAAUUAAAUCUUUUAACCAAUCACAAAAUAAUUCUUCAUCCAUCUGUAGAAGUAGAAACUGGCCCAAAACAUUGUAUGCCUGCAAGAUAAAUAAAAAAUAUCACUAGUUGAAUUAAAAAUUAAUAAUCACAAUGAUAAAACAAAACAAAAACCAUUAUGGUUAAAAAAAUAUUAAAACGUAAAUUAUCUCAUAUGUUCUACUUUAAU